UUGUGCCGCAUCUCUUCGUUCUCUGCAACAGCCAACAGCCCAAAGGCAGCCACCCGCCCGCUCGCCCGCUGGUUUCUGAAUUUGGUUCAUAAGUUAGAUUUCUUUUGAUUUCACACGAUCCUAACCCCGGCCGUCGUUUCUGCGACCUAAUUCGAAGGCGCUGGUUAAAUGAUUCAGCUGACGGCACGCUGCUGGUGCCUUACCCUCCUUCAUCAUCCGACUCCGGCAGCGAUGGCCCUGUUAUUCUUGGCUCGUGGAGAAUCGUCAAUGGUGGCAAUUCAAAUCUCUUUCAUUCAGUUUCUGGACCAAGCUGUUGGGAACAUCAGGCGCAAGUUUGAUGAUAUAAUCGCCGAUAUGAGCUGUUGCAAAGCUAUCACAGAUUCAUAUCUGAGGCACGGCAAUGUGCUUGGUAAUGGCUCUUUGGAAGACGUCAUGAACUCUAUAGGGCGUCAUUGCCAGUUAAGAUCUGAGGACUGGUUCUCAAACAAUAGUGAAGAUAAUAAUAAUGGAGGAAAUUCACAGGCUGUUUUCAGUGUGUUGGAUGAUAUGCUAAGGGAACGUCUGGAACAAUUGAAAUCGAUGAGGGAAAGCAUGUCUGUGAGUGUGAUGAACAUUGAUGUAGUUGCACCUAUCAAAGAAAACAUUAAUCUAGAUGGAAUUGCUACUGUUGAUCUUAGAGAGCAUUCAUCUGCGAUUAGGAAUUUAUGUUUAGGGGGUAAGUUGGGAGCUGCUUUGUCGCUGAGGAGAAAAAUGAUGCAGAAAGGUUUCGUGGCUGAUGUUUUCACCCACAAUCAUAUUGUGAAUGGACUAUGUAGGAGGGGGGAGCUGGACAUGGCAGGUAGGCUUAUUAGCGAAAUGUUGGAGAAGGGUCCGCUUCCCAACUCUGCCACCUAUAAUAUCCUUGUCAAGUGGUACUGUCUCAUGAUUAAUCCUCAAAGAGCUUGCGAUCUGCUCUCUCAUAUGAGUAGAACUGGUGUCAGGGUGAACACGGUUACAAUUAAUAUACUUGUGGAUGCAUUCUGUAAGGAGGGUAUUUUUGAAGAAGCUUAUAAAAUAUUGGAGGAAAAUCUAACAGCAAAACCGAAUUUGGAAACCUUCACCAUCUUCAUGGAUGGCUACCUCAAGAGCAAACAUUUUGGUCAAGCCAUUGUUGUUUGGGAAGUAAUGUUGGAAAACAAUCUUCAUAUGGAUGUUGUUGCAUAUACCGUUCUUCUCCAUGGACUUUGCUGGCUGGCGAGAUGGAACUUGUAUAUAGCUAUUCUUGUCAAAUGCUUAAAAGAGGUGCAGCUUGCAUUGGACAGGAUAUCCGGCAUGCAUAUCUAUUACUUUAUGAAAUGCAGCUAAGAAAUCUGGAACCAGAUAUGAUAACUUACACAAAACUGAUCCGAGCUCACUUUAUGAGCGGUAACUUGAAUGCCGCACAGGAAGUAUUUUCCUACUUAAGUAAGUCUGGUUUAGCUGUAGAUCGUGUUUCAUCUCUGAUACUUACCAAGAGUUAUAAAAAUAUGAGACAGUUAGACCGUUAUAUAAAGUGGCGGGAGAGGAAUCAUGGAAUCUUGGCUAUUCAGGGAGAGGCUGUAGACGCUUCUAGUUAAACGUUCGUUGUAACGGGUUGAUGGCUACCCUUUUGUAGCACUGCACUGUGGAGGUUCUGUAUAAUAUACACAGUUGUCCACUGUAAGAUCUCUUUGUGAUGGAUCAUAAAUUCUUCUGCUCCCUUUCUAAGUAAAUGAAAAUUGUAAUGGUGGCAGUUUUGUCUUCUAGAUAAAUUGGCCUAGCUGCUUAGGAUGAGAAGUCGAAGAGCUUCAUGGUGAAUUUUCAAGGUUAAUCUGUAGUGAAGUUUCAAGGUUCUGAAAGCAUUGCUGCAACGGCUGAGAUCUUACGAGUCUAUUAUACCUUCAUCCCUAUUUUGAGAAAACUGUAAGUAGCAGACCCAAUAUUGUUAUGUAAGUAGCAGACCCAUUUUGAUAAUACAAACUAAUAGCGUGCUCCUUGCAGUGCAACAAUGACACCUGAAUGCUCUGCUGAUAGCAAGCUGAUAAUUGUAAGUCCGCAAUGCCACCUCUCAUUGCUUUUUGGGCAGUGAUUACACUGAAGGGGCUAGUGAUUGUGAAAUUUUCUAGAAGGGCUAUUUAUCUUCUUAGCAGCGUUUAUAUAACCCAUUUUCCAGUUUUCCUUUAACUCAUGUCCCUUGAUGCAACAUUAUUUAUUGGGUGGGAUAACAAUUCUGGUGGCAUUGCCAAAUUUCUGUUUUACCCCACUGAGUACAGUUGCAGCUCAAGAUCGAAUGUAGUUACGUUUUAUCCACAUCAACGGACUGCUGAUAUGUGCUUUUGCUUACAGGAAUUUGAGUCACAGUGCCAAACAAGUUAGUGGGUUUAAAACUUUAUUCCAUAUUCGAGGUAAACAUGCACAGAUUGAACUUGGCUUUCUCUGUUGGUUUUCUCAUUGUAUUUUCUCCAAACAUGAAUUUAAUCCUUUACUUAUUUGUCCGUAAUGCAAUUAUGCUUCAGGUGGCAAAACCAUGCGGGAAGUUCUCUCGCAUAUGCAAAGGACCCCAUUGAAAUUUAUGGGUUGGAUAUUGCCUGUAUUUCUGUGUCAGGUGAGCAGUUCUCACAAGUGCAGAGAGUAAGAUGUUUAUCAGAUGAGAUCACUGCAGAAGUCAAGAGCAGCAGUUAUCAGGUCUGAGAUGGCUUAAAAGCUUAUUCAGGUACAUAUUUUUUGCUGGCUAGCAUGUCAGUGAGCAUAUCAAGUUAGCCUUUUCAUGCUUGAAUAUUCUUCAAAAAAAAAAAAUUAUAUUGUGUUACCCUGUAUCUUUUUUGGUGCUUGCAUCUACUUAGCUUAACUGCUUGAUUGAAUUUACUCUCUCUGUAUCAAAGAUAAUGUGAUAAUUAAACAAGCAUUAAUAGUAGUUAUUAUGUUCCUGUUUCCUUCUGAAUACUGUCAUAUGCAAAAUUUCUAGCAAAAUGAAGUGGUUAUCUUUUGCAGGAGGUCGUUAAUGAUCAAGGACUGGUGCCACCCAGUUUGGAUCAGAUGAUAUGUGCAGGUAAUAAGCUGUGCUCUGAAAAUCAAAUAGUAGGCUAAACGCUAAAGAUUAUUUUCAUUACACGAGUCGGACAAAGGAGUGGAUCCAUGUUCCAAGAUUGCAGUCUUUGUCUUGACAUGACAGUUGACAUUGUUUUGCAGAUCGUGAGACGGAUAAUCUUACAACGCUGAAAAUCAACCCCAUAAACACUGCCCAGCCAAUAACCCCACCAUACUUCAACGGCACUUAUACACAUCUGCAAAACGUCUGAACAGCCAACAUCGCCAACAGCAACACAACAGCCAUCACCUUAGCAACACCCCACGAAACAUUCAUAUACUUCUUCACCACCUUUGGCAUCUUGAUCUUCCUAUGGCUGUUGUAGUGCUCAUUCACUCCCUUGACAUAAUCAUCAAAACCCGUCUUGUCUUCCGGAUCACCACUCCCUGCCAUCCCAGCAAAUAGCUCCACCAUCUUCCCCUGCUAUUCUCACUGCAGCCUUAUUUGUUCUCCCCCUUUUUCUGCUGUUCAUCCAGAGGUUUCUCUUUCAGCCAAGUCAACUGGCACGUAACAUCCAGCAGGUGCCACGGCUUGAUAAUGCCUACUUCCUGGUAUGUCUCGUGUAGGUCAAAAGGCGACAGCUUGCAACAGAAGUCAAAUAACAGCAGAGGAUAUGGUCGUAGUUGCAAAGAUAGUCGAACAAGUAUAAACCGUCGAUGGCCAUGAUCCAGUCCAUGGCUUCGUUGUAGAUUUCCUAGUGCUUGUCGUACGAACAGCGGAUUUGGGGCAGUAACGUGGACAGGCUCUGGAUGGGCAGUAACGUGGACAGGCUCUGGAUGGGCAGUAACGUGGGAGGCGGGAAGUGCAGAAGCCUGCUUUUUAUCAUGUGGGGCGGAUAAAUGAUGAGAGGGGGAAAAGAGAGGAGAGGGAGUUGGGUGCUUGCUGUUUCAGAAUUCUGCUAAAAAGAGAUCCAAAAGAGGGAAUUUCAAAGUGGGGAUUAAGAGAGUGGAAUGUGAUGAGAGAACAAAGAUUGCUACCAAAC